AUGACUCAUUACAUAUCUUUCUUUCUGAUUUCUAUUUUUCUUUUCUUCAACUCCUCUGACAUUUGCUUUGCCGAAAAUGGCCAAAAAACAGCCGGUAAUUGGCUGGAUAUCGCAAGCCCGGAUGAUCCUAUGGUCAUAGACGUGGGACAAUUUGCAGUGGAUGAACACAACAAAGUUACCAAGAGUAAUUUGAAGUUUCAGAGAGUAGUCGAAGGUGCCACCCAAAUCGUCGGUGGAAUGAACUGGCGGCUAACAAUCGAGGUCGAAGAUCACAAAUCAAUCAAGACUUGCAAGGUUCUUGUUUACGAACAACCUUUGCAAAAUGUCAAGAAACUUGUUUCUUUUAAGAUAGUUUAA